ACAAACCCGAGCUUUCUAGCUUUCAAAAUGGCGGAGAAAUCUGGGACGCACGAAGACCUAUGUUUUGAACCUUAAUCUUAAGCUAUCUCUUGAAAGGCUCAAGAUUUCAAGCUGAAAUUUUUACCACGAGCUGCCCAGCCCAAGAUAUAUCAACUCUGGAAGUUUCGUUACGAUUAGAUGUUCUAAGGCAAAAAUAAAAUUUUGGGUGGGGGCUGGGCCUUAAUGGAAAAACAAGAUUUUCAAUGAUCUUUUCAAACAUGUCGUUCUAGUAUGUUAACAAGUUUGAAUUCAAAACAAAACAAUAUUGUGGAAUAUUCAGGCAGAUCAUCCCAAUGAAAUAAUAUGGUGACAACGUUUAAUUAAUUCAAAAUAUAAUCAUUAUUUAUUUAAUGAAAAAAAUUUAAUAUAUAUUUGUUUGAAUUCGAUUAUAAAAAUCUUUUUUAAUUCUAUAGAUAUAGAGUUAGUGGAAAUAUUUAUGCUAGAUAACGAUAGUUCAUUUCAAUAAAUAACAUUUUAAUUCUUUCCUUUAACAGAUAAACGAACCAGUUCGAGAAUAUCUUAAAGCUCUUUUCCAAUAUCAAAUAUGGUUAACGGAUUUUUUAAAAAUCAACUUGAUCAAUUACAUAAAAAAUAUUGUAGAACAAGAAUAUAAUCUUAUUCAAAUAAUAGAUCGUCAUUUUAUCUUCAAUUACAUAAACAAUUUUUAAAUGAAAAUAGUUGAAAAAGAUAAAUUUGAUGAAAUUCGUCGAAACAUUUCAAUAUUUUUAACGUAAAUGAUAAACUGAAUAAUGUCUUUAAAGAAGAUCGUUCAUCUAUUAACAAGUCAUGACGAUCUUUAUGAUUUUAUUUUAUUUGUUGAACAUAUAUAAGAUUAUCAAUCUAAUAUAUAACUUUAUCUUUAACGUCAAGCUUUUGAAAAAGCAUUAAAAACACCUCAACCAUUACUAUAUAUACUUUUUUUUAAUUUUUAAAUUUGAUUUUUUUUUCGAAUGAUUAUCAACUUGUUUAUAAAUAUUGACCAACAUUAAUUGAAAAAUAACCUGAAAAUCUAAUAUCUCUUUGGAAAAAUUAUUGAUUAUUGACGAUCAUAUCCAACAGUAAAGAAUAUUUUAUUUUCUUUAUUUUAAGGGCAAACCUCUAUUAGAUUUUUUAACAUUUUUUUUGUUAACAAGAGGAUCUAUUGAUAAAUCAAUUGAUAAUUAUCUUUUUUUCAGAAUAUCUCACAUUUAAUUCUAAUCAAAUAAUCACCUAUUUAACAAAUCAAUAAUAACUAUAAUUAAUAGAACAUAUCUAGUUUAUCAUAAAUAACGGAUCCUAUUAUAAUAACGUUAUCAUCGAAUAUAUGCAUUAGCUAUUUCCAAUAAAUCAUUCUUGGUUUUAAAUUUAAGGUAAAUGUUAAAUAAGCAAAAGAAUGUGCAUCAACAGUUCCAAGUAGUGAUCAAUGAGUGAAUAAAUUAUCGGUUAAAAUUGUUAAGAAAUAAAAGAUUGAAUGUAUCAGAUAUUUUAACUAUAAAGUUUUUUGAACUGAUAUUAUCGUAGUUUUGUCUUUACAUCCAUAGAACUAGUUGUAUCUAUGUAUAAUAAUCAGACUCUAAUAGAAAUCAACGUUUUCAAUCAUUCGAUUGUAUAAUGAAGAGUCUAAUAAUUAUCUUUUAUGAUUAAAACAAAGAGAAUAAUUAUUUAAACAGACCUUAAAACAAUCAGUCUAGUUUAUAAAAUAGAAUUAUAUUGAAUAACAAAAUAGGAUCUUUAUUUCGAUUUAUACUCCAAUAUCUAAUCGAUGAUUUAUUUAGAAUAUUUUCACUAAGUUUAUUGAAAAUUGAGAUUGAUUUCAUAUUGAAAUAAUAAACGAAAUAAAUCAAUAUCUUAUAUAAUCAUGAUUAAUUAUUUAAGGAUACCCUUCCUCCCUCAAUAAAUCAAUCGUUCACUCAGGUAUAUUCAAAUCCGAUGAAAUUCUCAAUUAAUAAACAAAGAUUAAAAAACUAGCUAAUUUGACAAUCAAAAAUUCUCUUUAGGUCUUCAUUCUAUAUACUUGAUUUUUUCUUGUUUUGUUUGAUAGAAUAUACCAGGAUGUAGAGCAUGACAGAACUAUUUUUCUUUUAUAUUCUUAGUUUUUAAAUAGAGAAAAAAGAUAAAAUGUUCAAUGUCCCGACAAAACUUUCUAAAAAUGGUCGUCUAUUUAUAGAACUGCUUUUUAAUAUAAUAUUCAAAAAAAAAAGGUACUGGAACUUUGACGUGCUCUUUCCAAUGAAAAAACCAAGCGAUAAGUCCUUUCAAGGAUUCUGAGAUGCGUGAUCAAAAAAGCAUAAAGAGAGAAAAAGCGAAAAAGAUUUGUCACUUUUUAUGGAAAAAAGCAUCGUUUUUCAAGCACGAGAUGAUGGAAAUCAUCGAAGAUCUUGACACAAAAAAUGAUGUGACAAAUAAAGAACGAUUUGAUUUCUGAAUGAUGAGAGCUCGAUCUAUCUUCCUAUGGAUUUAUCUCAAAUGUCGAUUUUUCUCAGGAAAUAUUUACUUGUUUUUAUCGGAGGAAGGGAGAUCUUAACACGACUAUGUACUUUAUGGUGAAUAAAUAACUGAUUUAUAUUAAAGUGAUUGACUUUUAAAAGUUAUUUAUUAUAUAAAUGUUAGCUAGUUCCAUUGUAACUCAAGGACAAUUAUCUUAAUUAAGUUAUGGAAUUUCUCGAAGAUUGUGCUAAUGAUUUACUUUAAAUAGAAGAUAUUAUUCGAUUAUUUCCUGAUUUUCAAAGAAUUGAUCAAUUUAAAAAAUCAAUUAUUAAAUCAUUUGAAGAUUCUAAUGAUCGUUUAAAUGAUUUACGAAAUGAAAUGAAUGAUGGAACAUCAAAAUCUAUUUAUGGUAUAGGUGAUCAUUUAGCUAAAAUAUCGUAG